GCAUCGAACUCAUAAUCAGGAUAGGAAAGCCAUCAUAUGGCAAGAAUACCGGGGAAAGCAGUAUUAGAAGCUGAAGAUGCAGAAAGCGUGCUUUUCGUCUACCGGUUUUGGGGUGAAAGGGUGUACUUCUUCUUUCUCAUCUCCUUCUUCCUCCUCCGCCGGCUCAUCGCCCCGACGGACACCGUCCGAUCCAUCGUCAACACCGCUCUCUUCCUCUACGUUCCUUUCUUCAUCUACCUACAGCUGGGAUACUUCAACAUCCUUCAUCUUUCCAAGACGAAGGAGAAGGAGAAGAAAGGAGUAGUUGUUCGGAUGGUACAGUUGUUGUUUCCGGCCUCCAUGAGGACCGUCCAUGCGAUGGAAUUCAGGCUUGCAUUUGUGUUCCUCGUUUAUAUGGUGGCUGGCUUCACCGUCGGCAGCCUGGAGCCGAGACGAGGACGGUGGGUGCCGGAACCUGACGUCGUACUCGCUCUCGCCUUAUUUGCCGGUCUCUACUUUGGCAUCAACAAAGGCAUCGGCUUUGCCCUGCGCCUCUACCAUCCUCGCAGGCAUUAUGAUCAUCAGUAUGGUUGUGAUGAGGAUGAUAACAAUGAUAAUGAUUGUAAUGACUAUUUGUUACAUGACAAGAGAAGACAGCCCAAGUCAUGUCCUCAACGAUCCUAGGGUUUAGCAGAGUAAUUAAUACGAGUACUAGUAGCUAUAUAGUAUAUAAUAUAUUCUGUCGAUGAAGAAAGAAUGUAUCGUUUUUUCGAGUUAAUUUUUCUUUUCCUGAUGUUUUUACAAGAGUAAUUGUAAUAGUACGUAGAAUCACGGUCAUCUCAUGUUACUUCAAUCUUGUCUCGAAACACUAUUAUUAUUGUUGUAAUUACGGCGAUGAGGAUGACUCGGUGGCGCCACCGGUCAUUGG